AUGAGUCACGAGGAGUUGACGUACACAACUUUGGAAAAGUCUCCGUUAUGCACCAUAAAUCCAUACAAUCAGAACACCAAUACUCCGACAGAUGGAAUGAUUGUGAAAUUGGAAUUUGAUGAACCGGAUGAAAAGUGGUCACAUGAUCCAAGCAACUUGCAAUACAUCAAGCAAGAAUCAGAAAAUCAAAUGUCUAGUGAACCGAUAUCGGCUGCUCAGAACAAUACCGUCUACGGGGAUCCCCAUCAGAGCUCUUCGAACAAUUCGAUCGCCUACAACCAACAGUUCAUCAACUCCAGAGAAAGCACAGUGUCCCCAGCAGCCAGUGGUAAGAAUCUUUAA